AUGACAACGAACGUCUGGCAAAGCAGACAAGCUGUCGCCGCACCACAGGAAUUGCCUGUUAAAGAUGAGAAAUCCUGGCCUUCUGCUUCAGACGCUAAGGAUAGGGACCGUGAGGCAGAGAAGACGAACAAGGAAAAAUCACAAAGCAGUACACCAACUGACUCUAAUAGUACGCGGAGGGGGAAGAAGAACUGGGUUACCGUCCCAGUUGAGGAAGUAUUACCUGUACAAUCUCGCAGAAGCCAAAACAAAAAGUCAAAUAAGGCUAAGCGUAGUGAUGCCAACAAGUCUAGCCAGCGUGCAAACAACAAGUCCACAAAGUCAAAAAACCCACAACAGCAGCAAAGAAAGUCGUCGAACAGAAAGCCAAGCAAGACUAGCGACAAGAACCAGAAGAAUUUCGCACCUGUCGUACCUGCUAUGCCUUCCUCCUUCCAGAUGUUCGGCGCACCAAACACUCAAGCAGGCCACACUUACGCACCAAUGCCUAUGCCAACACCUAUCACCACUACAAACUACCCAUUAGAUCCACUCAGGUUUUAUUUAUUAGGUCAAUUAGAAUACUACUUCACAACACAAAAUUUAGUUAGAGAUUUCUUCUUACGUCAACAAAUGGACAGCGAUGGUUGGGUAGACAUCCCUGUAUUCACCACUUUCAACAGGGUCAAAGCCUUGUCAGUCGACCUUUACUUGUUGAGAGAUGUUUUCUCAAUGUCCCAUCUCGUUGAAGUCUACUUCUUUGCUGAAAAUGCCGAGCCAAGCCAAAAGGAAGAGGGUGUUUUACAAAAGGAAUCCCUCGAUAUGUCUCAAGUACAAAAGGAGAUCGAUAUCAUUGCUAGUAACACAAAUCCUGUUGGUAAAGUUAGACUCGCUCAUGGCGUAUGGAAGAAAUGGGUUUUACCAGAUGCACCAAAGUCAACUAUUGAUAUAGACUCUUUACCACCUGCAGAAGAUCCUCAAUUUGAUGAGAAUGCCACUCCAGUUGAAGCAUCAAAGUACAACGAAGAAAUCGCAGCUAAAUCAGGUCACUCAGGUCAAUCUAAUCAAUCAACUCAACCUUCUCAGCAAAGUGCAUCAUCACAUACAAUAGACAAUGGCUCAAAUGACGCCAACAAGGAAUCAAAAUAA